GCCCUGCUUCCUCUGCUCCUCCUCGUCCUCUCCAGCGCUGUCGCCCUGGCAAACCAGCGUGUCCUCCUGUACACGGCGGUGGCGAACGACGGGUUCUACCAUCCCUCGAUCCCGGCCGCUGUACGAGCCAUGAAACAGCUGGGCGAGGAUAACCAAGUGGACAUGGUACACUGCAAUGACCGCGACGAGUUUGAAGACCUCGACCUCAGUCAGUUCGAUGCCCUUGCCUUUGUGAACGCAGCUGGGUCCAUCCUCACCAAGAAGGGAGCAGGCCACAUGAGGAAUUACAUCGAGAACGGUGGAGGGUACAUUGGAGUGCACGAGGCUUCGUGCGCUGCUACUUCGACCCCCUGGUACCUUCGAUUGGUAGGGGCUCAGUUCAGCUACCACCCUGAGAUGUCCUCUGCCACCAUGGACAUUCUCGAUCACGACCACCCGUCAACGGCGCAUCUCCCUGACCGCUGGGAUGUGGUCGAUGAAUUUUACAACUUCUUCUCAAAUCCUAAGGACCUAGGCGCUACCGUAGGCGUCGCCGCGGACGAAUCUACGUACUGGGACGAAAUUCAGCCGCUGAAGGAGCGCGCCAAGCUGCAGGGGUCGCCUCACCCUAUCAGUUGGUGGAGAGAGGGGGAGCUCUUGUCAGCGCCAAAGUCGAAAUUGGGCGGAGGUUUGGACAACCUCAGAAAGGACAUUCGGAAGGGGAUCCAGGGCUCCGGUGGGGCGGGACGUAGCUGGUACACAGGGCUGGGCCACACGUCUGCCUGCUGGAAGAAGGACGACUUCUUGCAGCAUGUUUGGGGCGGGCUGACCUGGGUGCUGGACAGCACAACCAUUGCGAGCAACCAGCUGCAGCCUGGGCCGGACACUCCUGGCCAGAAGUACAAU